AUGCUUGCAGAGAAGGAGACGUUCGACGCUCUUACCUCCGUCCUGCAAGGGGAACAAUCCCAUGACGAUGUCGAGCUACAUGAAAUCGAAGUAAACCGCUUGAACAAUGACAACAACAACAAUGACGAAGGUGAUCCGACGGAAACACACGAGCAGCGUGACACAGGAAGCAGUAGAUUUAGAUCAGUUUCCAAUGAGGACACAGACGAAUUUCUCAGGAAAAAUGUAAAUAAAAACACGGACUACAAAACAAGAUCAGAUGUUAAAACUUUCUACACCUGGGCACAGCAAGUAGGAGAGUUUAGAGAGCUGCAGAUGAUUCCGUUUAAGGAACUAGAUGCUAUUUUAGCCCGGUUUUACUUAGGUGUAAGGAACAAAGUAUUCUAA